CGCAUAUUCCCCACAGAUUUAUUUCUUAGGCAAAAGUGAAAAAAUAUCAUUUCGGUCGUCCAUUGAAUUAACGACAUUUUUUCCAAAUUUAAAAUGGCCUUCGCCUGUUUUCGAUUCGUUACCGAUAGCUUGAAGUCGCCUGUACAAAUAAUAAGUUAUUGGUAUAAAUUAAAGGUUACCUUGAAACGUAAAUAUGUGUUUAUGCGUACCUAUCUUAUCGAGGGAAUCAGUUUUUCGAAUCGGCUGCGAUAAUAAUGGGAAUAAUAUUCGUUGAGAUUCCCCCAACGAAAAUUAACCUCAACAUAAUGUCCGAGUUGAGUGCCAUUCGUUCGUUAUGUAGGUGUAGGUGCGUACGUAAAAUUUUGUUUCGCCUACUACCAUAAUUUUUGUACUUCAGUACUUUUAUGCCUUUUCUUGAAAAUGGUGGAGUCUUUGGCAAAUUAGAACUCAACAUCAAUGUCUGAUGAACUGAAGCAACUGAUCACGGUCAAUCGCGUCGACGACGAUGAGUAUUCCAAGAAAUCUCGGGCCAUUUUACGUGCCGUGCUGGGCAACAACGUCAACGAACUCGAAGACGUCUUGCGCGACAGCUCGGACGAGCACUUCCAAUUCAAGCACCCGGAGCACGACAACAGCAACGUCGUCAACAUCGCCUGCGUGGAGAGCGGCGUCAUGGACGACGUCUUUCGGUUGCUUCUGAGGCACGUCCUUCAAAAGCACCCGUUUAUCAAUUUGUCGGAUCGGAAAUGGUACUACUGGGAGCCCAUACAUUUCGCGGCCUUCAGCGUCAGCUGGGGCAAACUGAAAGUGAUCGCCCAGAACCUGGACCGACGGAAAAUCAACGCGUUGACGUUGUUCUCAGAAAACGCCCUCCACGUCCUGCUGGAGUAUGGAAAACGUAUCGACUCGUACGACGUAUACCUUACCAACGGGUGGGACAGCAGGCUGUGCCACGUCAUCGCACGGGAAAAAGAAGACCUCGUCAAGUGCGCGAAGAUUUUAAUCGACGCCGGCGUCGACGUCAACCACGAUAACAUCUUCGGGGAAACGCCCCUAGUGCUGGCCAUCAAGUACCGUUACUUAAAAGUGAUCAAGCUGCUGCUCAAACGGAAGGAGAUAGACAUCAAAUCUCGGACUGAUCCUGUGACAGGGAAAUCUCCUCAGGAAAUAUUACGCGAAAACGACAUCUACGUUGAGUACUUAGGGUCGUACAGCGCCCAGACGGAGGACCCGAAGAAAACCCUCUUCGGGUUCCUAAAAAGGCACCACGAGGACUUUUUCCUGCGCUACAAUAACGAGAACAUCCGUCAGUAUGCGAACUUGCUGGACGGCGACAACGAGCUGAACACUAGCGGUUCCUUGCUGCAGCUGUGUUUCCUGAAAGGUUACCUCGAGUACAAGAAGGAGAUGGGUUACGAACCGUCCUCGAUAAAGGACAUCAUGAAAACCACCAUGCUGAGGGUGUUUUGUAAGAAGGGCUUCGCGAGGUCCAUCGAGCAUUUGCUCAACAACGGUGCGGAUGUUCGCGUGAGGAACCGCAUGUUCGACUACGCCAACGUGCUCGAGAUGUCGGUCGAGUUGUGUUAUUACCCGUUUUUGGCGGUACUGUUCGAGCAUCCCUCCGACCAGGUGUCCGCUGAGGAUAUUUUCGCCAUUUUGGACAAAGUCGACAGGAGGUUUUUCCGCACUCAUAACCGCAACUUUCGACACGUGCUGUUCGUCUUGAUAAAAAAGCUUGAGGUGCUCUACGACGCAGAAAUUUGCCCCCUCAGCGUAGACUACCCAAAGAGGAGCACGUUGAACAACCUCAUGGUUUUGUACUUGGAAUUCAACGCCGCGGACGAGUACGACGACAACAUUCAGCAAAUACUGAAGCUGAACGCUUCGCUUGCUAGUGCUAGGGGCGGUACCAAGUCUCCAGUGGAGCUGCUGGACUACGAGGUGCUCGAGAUGCAUUUGGACCAAUGUUUGGAUAAAAGCGACAACGUAUGCUACGACAGCAUCGUGCUAGACGACGGCGAGAACUACUCGGAGACGAGCACUCUUCAUAUGCUGGCCGACGAUCGACAGAAGAAGGAGCUGCUCAACCACCCGGUCCUAAUCCUGCUCAUACACUCCAAGUGGCUGAAAACCAAUAAAUUCUUCUACGCCGACUUAGUCCUCUACACGCUGCUGUUGCUGUCGCUUUACAUCUACAUGGUGAAGCUAGAGAUAGGCACCGUAACGCCCCUGAUAUAUUACGCGUUCUUCUCGUUGCUGACCUUGCACACGCUGAAGGAAACGGUCCAGCUGGUGCUCUACAGACAUUACUACUUCUUGGACAUCGCAAAUUACCUCGAGAUGACCACGAUAGCGUCGUGCUACGUGAACUGUUUCUCGAAAAACGAAAUAUGCAUGGUCGUCGCCAUUCUGUUCUCGACCGCCAUUUUUCUGUAUAUGCUCGGCCAGAUACCGCGGUUCACCAAGUACAUGAUCAUCGUCAGCUCCACCAAGUAUUUUUUUGAGUACGCUCUCUUCUAUUUUAUACAGUUUUUCUCUUUCGCGUUGUGUUUCUUCAUUUUGCUGCCGCCGCCGGGAGGCACAAACUCCUCCAACGCCCUCGGCGAAAUAUUCAAGAAACUGUUCGACAGUUUGAUAUUCUUUAUAGGCCAGUUUGACGGUGACGUGGCCGAUCCGCCUUUGUAUCCCGUGUUCGGGCGCGUCAUCGUCGCCAUAUUCGCCUUCUGCAUGACCAUCAUCUUGAACAAUUUGCUGGUGGGGUUGAUCGUGACCGACAUGGACGUCAUCCAAAAGACGGGCAAGUUGCUGAGGCAGAUCAAAACGGUCAGAUAUAUCAUAAGGAUCGAAGUGUUCCUCAAGCAACUGCGAAGGUUUCCCUGUUUUCGAAAGUUCGACUUGUUAAAAAGCACUCGCAUAUUUAAUCGAAGGGUGAGGAAACACAUGCACUUCGAGUCUGUCAUCCGCGAGAGCGUAUUCGACGAGGAGGAUCGCGAACGCAUAAAGAAGAUUCGUAGCAACGAAAACCUAAAAGAGGCGUACAGCAAAAACUUCCUGAGAACGUUGUACGAACACAUAACGUCUGAGCCGUCAAAGGAGAAGAAGUCUGCGAGAGGCAAUAGGGAAAUAUUGGAAAAACUUAAUGGGUUACACGAGAAAAUAAAUUUGAUGUCUGAAAGACAGUGACUGUUUCUAUUUAUAUAUAUAUAUAUAUAUAUAUAUAUAUAUAUAUAUAUAUAUAUAUAUAUAUAUAUAUAUAUAUAUAUAUAUA